AUGAGUAUGAACGGAGCAGAAUCCAACAACAAAACAACGAUCUACGUAAGCGAUCUCCCACUCGAGACAACACAAGAUUUUAUUCACCAGAUUUUCAGAGAUUACGGAAACAUCACUCAGUGCGAAUUAAAGCCACGUAAACCAGGAGCUAAAUCAAUCGGUGCUUUUGUUACGUUCGAAAACCAUGAGCAGGCUAGCAAGGCAAUUGAAGAAUGCAACUACAUGCGCAUCAACGACAGCGUCCUUCGUAUUCAAUGGCAGAUGAUUAACCCAUACCUCCAUGACAAUCAAUCCAAUCUUGUCAUCAAGGAUCUUCCGCCAAAGGUCGAGGAAGCCAGCCUUAAUCAACACUUCCGCAAGUACGGCGAGGUCCUCUCAUGCAGAAUCAUCAAGAAGUUCAAUGGCAAGAAUAUCGGCUAUGUUCAAUUUGCCAGAGUCGAAGAUGCCAAUCGUGCUCUUGAUGACCUCCAAAAUGCUUUGAUUGAAGGUCAACCAAUCUAUGUCGACAAGUUCAUUCCACAUGAAGACCGCGCCGACAUUCCUGUUCAGCUCCCACACCAGGCCAUCCACAUUAGCCAUCAGGAUGCAAGCUUCUUAACAGAUGAUAAGAUCAAACAGACAUUCUCUAAGUUCGGCUCAAUCUUAGAAGUAUUCAACAUCGAAAACUAUGUUAUCGCAUACUUCGCUGAUACAGCUGGCCCAGCCAAGAUCAUUCAGGAUGGAGAGAUCACACAGAAGGGCUACACAGUUUCUGUUCGCGUUCCAAACCAUAUCACAAUGAGAGUCCGCCAGAUCAUCGACUCCCGUUGCGUCUUCCUUGCUGACCUUACAACAACAAAUAACCAGGCCAUCAGAGACCAUCUUUCAAAGGCCGGCAAGCUUGUUACAUUCGAAAUCCAGGAGAAGUCCCCAUCACAGCUUCUCGCUUCAGCUCAGUACGAAUCCGAGGAGACAAGAACAAAGGCCAUCGAAACUCUCGAUAGAACAACAUUCGAAGGCCAAGAGACACCAAUCCGUGUUCUCCCAUACAAGGCUCGUUCUCUUGCUCGCCAGCAGCCAACAGCAGGCCUCUUAAUGCUUGAUGAGAUCGAAUAUAACACAACAUACCUUGAUCUCCGCAAGAAGUACUCUCAAUACGGUGAAGUCAUCACAGUUUCCAUCUGCCCAACCCCACAGGCAACACUUGUUGGCUUCGUCCUCUUCAUGAAGUACGAAGAUGCACAGAAGGCAAAGGCAGAGUCCAAGAACGCAUUCCUCUUCCCACCAGUUGUCAGCUCCCAGGUUUUGAACUGCUUCUACUCAGCACCAAAGGCCAAGAACAACCUUCUCUUCGCAUUCAACCUUCCAGCCGACAAAACACAGGAAGCCAUCCUCACCCAGUUCACACAGAUCGGCGGCUCCCUCAACUUCAUCAAGACAGUCCAGACAGAAACAGGUCGCCACGCUUUGAUUCAGUAUCGCGAUGACGCCGGCCUUAUUCCAGCCAUCAAGUACCUUAAGGAGAAGAAUAUCAACUACCAGAUCUACACAAUGAACACACUCUUCAAGUCAUCAAUCAUGCUCUACAAGGUUGAAAUGCCAAAUGAUUACAACGGCAGAUUCCUCUUCUUCAACAACCUCCCAGAGAACUACUCUUCUGGCCAGAUCUACAAUAUCCUCACAGAAAAGGGUUUCGCUGUCGAAGCAGUCAACAUGGCUUAUAACUUCGAAACAUUCGAAGCAUGCACACGCGCUUCAGUUCUUUUCAAGACAGUUGAGUCAGCUUAUAGCUGCUUCUCCAACUAUACAGUUCUUACAGAAUUCCCAGAAAUUACAGUCCAGGCAUUUACAAACUCCGCCUUAUCUUCUCAGCAACCAAUCGCUCAGGCAGUUCCUCAGGUCCAGCCAAUGAGAAGACAGGAAAUCAAGAGACCACGCCAAUACCUCACAGAUAAGACAAAGGAGAGAACAGAUAUCUCCGAUGAGCUUAAGAAUAAGAUCUUAGAGAAGAUUCCAAAGCUUUCUAUCAUCCAGGUUAAUGAAUUCUCACACGACGAGAACAAGUGGAAUGAAUACAUUAAGACUAUUUAG